GCUGACUCGCAAGUUGUUCAGAAGUGGAUGGAUGGUGUGAAAGACUUCUUAAUGACAGAAAAGGCUGUUCAAGGAGAUACUGAAGGACUUCAAAGACAACUUGACCAGUGCACAAUGUUUGUCAAUGAAAUGGAGAAGAUUGAACCAUCACUGAAAAAGAUGAAAGAAGUAGAGUCUGCUUUAAGAGCUCAGCCUAUCUCAGGCAUAAAUACUUGGGCAAAGUCUAGGCUAGUAGACUGCCAGAGUCAAUGGGAGAAACUGAGCAAACAGAUCAUUAGUCAGAAAAAUCGCCUGUCUGAAAGUCAGGAAAAAGCUGUAAAUCUGAAGAAGGAUUUGGCAGAGAUGCAAGAAUGGAUGACCCAAGCUGAAGAAGAAUAUUUGGAGAAAGAUUUUGAAUACAAGUCCCCUGAAGAGCUAGAGAACGCGGUGGAGGAAAUGAAGAGAGCGAAGGAGGAUGUGUUGCAGAAGGAAGUGCGGGUGAAGAUUCUCAAAGACAACAUCAAGAUGUUGGCCGCCAAAGUGCCCUCUAGUGGUCAGGACCUGGCGACUGAGCUGAACGUUGUGCUGGAGAACUACCAGCUACUGUGCAAUCGGAUCCGGGGGAAAUGCCACACUUUGGAGGAGGUGUGGUCCUGUUGGAUUGAGCUACUUCAGUAUCUUGAUUUAGAAACGGCUUGGCUAAACAGUCUGGAAGAAAGGGUACAAAUGACAGAAAAUCUGCCUGAUAAGUUGGAUACUGUCAGUGAUGCUCUUGAGUCCCUGGAAUCAGUCCUGCGUCAUCCAGCUGAUAAUCGAACCCAGAUUCGGGAACUUGGGCAGACCCUGAUUGAUGGAGGAAUUCUUGAUGAUAUCAUCAGUGAAAAAUUGGAGGCUUUCAAUGCCCGCUAUGAGGAAUUGAGUCAUUUGGCGGUAAGCCGGCAGAUUGCCUUGGAACAGCAGCUUCAAACCAUGCGAGAAACCGACCACAUGUUGCAGGUCUUGCAGGAGAACUUAGCGGAGCUGGAUAGACAGCUGACGUCUUACCUAACUGAUAGGGUAGAUGCCUUUCAGAUGCCCCAGGAGGCUCAGAAGGUUGCAUUCAAUAACAAUCUUAACGGUUUUCCAUUUGGCAAGCCGGCACCAGAGCCAGAAUAUUUAAAAUAA